UCUCUCCUUACACCUCUCCUCGGCCCUUUCUCUCCCAGGCACCUCAGCCGGCGGCGGCGGCGGCAGCAGCAGCAGCAGCAUCGAGCGGCGGGAGCGGGCGGCCUCUGAGACGAUGAAGUGCAAGCCGAACCAGACGCGCACCUACGACCCGGAGGGGUUCAAGAAGCGGGCGGCGUGCCUUUGCUUCCGGAGCGAGCGCGAGGACGAGGUGCUGUUAGUGAGUAGCAGUCGGUACCCGGACCGCUGGAUCGUGCCGGGCGGGGGCAUGGAGCCCGAGGAGGAGCCGGGCGGUGCGGCAGUCCGAGAGGUGUACGAAGAGGCGGGAGUCAAGGGGAAGUUAGGCCGGCUCCUGGGCAUUUUCGAACAGAACCAAGACCGCAAGCACAGAACCUACGUGUACGUACUGACUGUCACUGAGAUUCUGGAGGAUUGGGAAGAUUCGGUUAGCAUUGGGAGGAAGCGAGAGUGGUUCAAAAUCGAAGAUGCGAUCAAGGUUCUCCAGUGCCACAAGCCCAUGCAUGCCGAAUAUCUGGAAAAACUAAAGCUGGGCGGUUCCCCAACCAGUGGAAACUCCGUGGCCCCGUCCCUGCCACAGAGCGAUCCCUAGU